AUGUCCAGGAAGCGAUCCAAGUUGGCCGAGAAACAAAAACAAUACCAGGCGUUGCGAGAAUCAGUCGUCAAAUCGAUCGACGAAUAUCGCACGCUGAGGAACGACGACGAAUACAAGGGUCGUCCGGAUUUCAAUGCCACACCAGAUCAAUACGCCGCACGGUUGCCCCCUGAACUUAGUGACGACGAGUCGGAGCCUGCUGCAGCACAUAUUGAUACUCUUCGCCGGUUGCAGCAACACCUCGGCGCUGAUAUCAAAUUGGCUAUGAGUAGUUCAGAGGAAAUCAAUUGGAAAACCAGAGAGCCACCCAGACCUGGACUGGAUGGGCGCCCCCAAGUUUCAAACAGAAUCAUACCAGAGGCCGAACGGAGCGCGCUGUACAGCAUGCAAGCACAAACUGUGGCGACGUCGUCAGGAUACACUCCCGUUGCACCGCCAUCUCGCACGCAAAUGCCGCUCCACCAGUAUAGUCCUUCCUAUAUUCCCGCCCGUGAGAGCCAAGAGCAACCGCCACCCGCACCUGGAAACUUGACUCAGCGGCGGCGCACCCCACCGCCACAGCCCCAAAAUCCACAAGUCACAGCUGCCUCUGGGUCGAACCAAGGCGCAAGCUACGUUCCAAUCACCAUGGACAGGCGUUCUCACCGCAUGGAUGAUUCCACUUCCAGCAGAGACACCUUUGGCAAUCUGAUCCUGGACCCGUUCAGAAAUCCUAGCGGCCCGCCUUCUAUAAUGUCUCGGGCAUCGUCCGAGUCUGCGAAUCACAUCCACGUAUCAUUCAACCAACCAACUUCGAGUUCUGGUGCUCCCUCAGCCCUUCAAGUUGCCCGAUCACAAUCAGAUUCAACCUCCUAUGAUCCGCGUGAAAGUCGGGGCGGUCCUCACUCAGGAAAUGCGCAGGGUGCCAGGCGCUAUCGUCAACCAAACGCUCAAGUGCCGGUUAUGAAUGCACAUCUUAAUCAACAACCGUCCUCAAACCCAGUCCCGCUUGGCCAAUAUGCUCAGCCUGCUAGUCAAUAUAGUUCCGGUCCAGCAUACGCGUCGGCCUCUCUUCCGUACAACGUGCAGCCGCCGCUUCCUGGCCAACCAUAUCAGCCUGCAAUGCCUGGUCAGUCGUUCCCGCCAUACCCGCAGGGGCUUGGUCAAUCGCUCCCUCCAUACACUGGGCCGCCGAUUUCCGGUCAACAUCCCCAGGUGCCUGGUCAAUCGUUCCCGCCAUACCCGGGUCAAUUCCCGCAGUUUCCUGGGCCACCGGCGCCUGUUUCUGGUCAACCGCCCUCGCCAUACCAGACGGUCGUACCUGGUGGGCCGAGUCCAGCGUACUCGACCGUGCAGCCAGGUCAGCCCAACGAUUACGGUUAUCCCUCCUCUUCCGGCCAUGGGUCAGGUCGGCGCCCUCCCCAAAGCUCUAACUACCGUGGUUAA